GACCUCUCGGCCGAGCCCAGAGACAGCCAGUUCCUCUCCCGCCGCGCCGGGCCGCGCCGCAGCUCGCUCCCGGGCCGUGGUGCCUCCGGGCCGUGGUGCCUCCGGGCCCGACGCGCUGCAGCCUCCAGCCCGCGGCAGGCGGGGCGGCCGCGCUACCCGGGCCCCGAGCCCGCAGCCCCUCCCCACCUGGGUCCCCUGGGCUGCCCCGUCGCGCCCCUCCUCUGAACUCAGGUCACCGUGGAGCUCCGCCGCCGCGGCCCCGAAACUUUCACUGCGAGCGGGAAAUAUGGGAUGUAUAAAAUCAAAAAGGAAAGACAAUCUGAAUGACGAUGGAAUAGAUUUGAAGACUCAACCAGUUCCAGAAUCUCAGCUUUUACCAGGACAGAGGUUUCAAACUAAAGAUCCCGAGGAGCAAGGAGACAUUGUGGUGGCCUUGUACCCCUACGAUGGCAUCCACCCGGACGACCUGUCUUUCAGGAAGGGAGAAAAGAUGAAAGUCCUGGAGGAGCAUGGAGAAUGGUGGAAAGCUAAGUCCCUUUCAACAAAGAGAGAAGGCUUCAUCCCCAGCAACUACGUGGCCAAAGUCAACACCUUAGAAACAGAAGAGUGGUUUUUCAAGGAUAUAACCAGGAAGGACGCAGAAAGGCAGCUUUUGGCGCCAGGGAACAGCGCUGGAGCUUUUCUUAUCAGAGAAAGUGAAACAUUAAAAGGAAGCUUCUCUCUGUCUGUGAGAGAUUAUGACCCUGUGCAUGGUGAUGUUAUUAAGCACUACAAAAUUAGAAGUCUGGACAAUGGGGGUUAUUACAUCUCUCCGCGAAUCACUUUUCCCUGUAUCAGUGACAUGAUUAAGCAUUACCAAAAGCAGUCAGAUGGCUUGUGUAGAAGACUGGAGAAGGCAUGUAUUAGUCCCAAGCCACAAAAGCCGUGGGAUAAAGACGCCUGGGAGAUCCCCCGGGAGUCCAUCAAGUUGGUGAAAAGGCUCGGCGCUGGACAGUUUGGGGAAGUCUGGAUGGGUUACUAUAACAACAGUACCAAAGUGGCUGUAAAAACCCUGAAACCAGGCACCAUGUCCGUGCAAGCUUUCCUCGAAGAAGCCAACCUCAUGAAGACCCUUCAGCAUGACAAGCUCGUGAGACUCUAUGCCGUGGUCACCAGGGAGGAGCCUAUUUACAUCAUCACGGAGUACAUGGCCAAGGGCAGUUUGCUGGAUUUCCUGAAGAGUGAGGAAGGUGGCAAAGUGCUGCUGCCAAAGCUCAUUGACUUUUCUGCUCAGAUCGCAGAGGGAAUGGCAUACAUUGAGCGGAAGAACUACAUUCACAGGGACCUGCGAGCAGCUAACGUCCUGGUCUCUGAGUCACUCAUGUGCAAAAUUGCAGAUUUUGGCCUUGCCAGAGUGAUUGAAGAUAACGAGUACACGGCAAGGGAAGGUGCUAAGUUCCCUAUCAAGUGGACAGCUCCAGAAGCCAUCAACUUUGGGUGUUUCACUAUUAAGUCUGAUGUGUGGUCCUUUGGAAUCCUCCUGUAUGAAAUCGUCACCUAUGGGAAAAUUCCCUACCCAGGGAGAACGAAUGCCGACGUGAUGACCGCCCUGUCCCAGGGCUACAGGAUGCCCCGCGUGGAGAACUGCCCAGAUGAGCUCUAUGACAUUAUGAAAAUGUGCUGGAAAGAAAAGGCAGAAGAGAGGCCAACAUUUGAUUACUUGCAGAGCGUCCUGGAUGACUUCUACACCGCCACGGAAGGACAGUACCAGCAGCAACCUUAGAGCAUAGGGAGACCUGCUCGAUAGGCCCGGGGUGGCUGCCUCACUCAGCGAGGAAAAGUAACGAUCACGGGUUGCACUGAUUAUCUCCUGUGCAGGGAUCAUCUGCCAUGCCUGUCCUGAAAGUAGAGGCUGCAUUACUCAGGAAGAACACCCUAGAAAUGGGAAAGUAUUCGGUUCUCUUAGACUGAUGCCCCAGCGAGUUGCAGCUUGGACUGAUCCUCAGCUGUAAUCUCGCUUUGCUUGACCAACGUCUGAAUACAGCCUCCUAAGAAGAAAACACCUAUUCUCUCCAAAAAUGCACCCAGCUGGCCCUACAUUUACAAUCGGACAUGUGACUCAAAGAUUCAGAGACCGUUGCAAUGAAUCCCCAUUAGAAGCAGAACUAAACCCAUUUAUAAAACUAAAAUAACCAUAGCAUGACAUCUCUUUAUAUUUUCUCUAUGCUUUGGCUUGUUAAACAAAAAAAUUACUAAUCCAACCUAUCAGAUUUUGUAGGUGAAGUCAGCAGCUUAAAAAUGUAUUUCCCAGAGUUCAGUGGUUUAUUUUUUCCCCACCCCAACUCCUCCCCACCAAAAUCUGAGACUGUUAACCAUUUUCCUCCCAUGGGCACUGCUCAGAUCCACUCGACGUGAAGGGGUGCACGUGCGUCUCUCUUCUCCAGCAGGGGUGUCGCCCGUGAGCUCGCACAGCUGCCAUUGUGUGCAAUGUGGACCUCUCACUGCAUGGGGCUCGCCCAGACCUCCCGGGAGAAGAGCCUCAGAAACUGCUCUACGUUAAGAAGUAAUAUUUUUAACAGUACGGCUCUUUCAUUUCCACAAUUUCUUAUAUACAGACUUUUUUGACAAUGUAGUUUGGAAGAAUAGUAAGAUUCUAAUCUCUGCAGAACCUUAUAGGGCCUUUUAAAACAUAAGAAUUUCCUUUGUUGCUUCAAAAGAUUUGAACGUUAUUUUCAGGAUCAAAUAUUAAUUUAGUUGUACUCUAGAGAGAUAAAAUGCCAUAUUUGGGGCUAUUUUUGUGAUUCAGCAAUCUUUUCUAAAUUGCGUAAGAUGUGUUUGAGACUAUUUAUACUCAAAGAUAUGAAGGAAAAUAAGUGACUACAGAGGCUGCAAUGAGCCACCAUGGCAGGAAGUUCAAGAGGUUUUGUUUACUAAAUUUUUCUACUGUAAGCUUUGAAUGGAAACUGCUGUAUCACAUUAUGUUUCACUUAUGCUGUCGUGUAUAUACCUAAUAUUUCUAUUUUUUGAUUUUAUUUUAAUACACCUGGUCCAAUAACA